ACCUCUUUGUGACACUGGGCUUACGUUAUAUUAAGCCUAGCCCUCAAAGGGCCAUGCGAUGUGCACUAAUAAGGCUAUGAGGGGUAGAUAUUAGCACCUGACAUUGGCGUCAUAGGUUGCACACGUCUUUUAACAACGACACUCAAGGCAACGGUCUCGACAUUCUGCUCACAAACUACACUAGGCAUCUAAUCCUCCCCGAAAAAUCGUCGUAUCUCCGUAGUAACUCUGAAACGGAUUCUUCCCCGGUUCUUCGUGAUACCCAGCCGCUGCUAUCAACAAUGGCCGAGACAACAACAACAAAGCCCAACCCCUCUAUCCCAUCGGAACUCUUCCACACCGUGUUGACCGUAGUCCACCACCGCCCGGACACCUCCAGCUCAACGCAAGACGUUCACGUCCUCGGCACACACACCACCCUCGCCGCGGCAAAGGCCUUCGCCCUCUCGGCGCUGCAGCAACAACUCGGCUACCGGCCAGACAAUUUCGCCACCUACGCCGCCCGCACCGACACCCAGGAGGAAGGAGGAAAAGAAGACGCCGAAGAAUGGCCGCACGGCGACAGCGUGAUGGUGUACGCGAAGUCACCCAGGCACCCGCCGGGCAAGGGCCAAGAAUUCCUCGUCUCUGUCGACACCACGCCCAACACCGCAGCCCUCCAACUCCAGGCCGCCGGAGGGAAUACUAUCCUGCUGCCCGAGGACGGCCACCUGCACUAUGUCCUGCGGAGCAGGACCGACUACAACCAGGGCAAAGACAAGGACAAGGACAAGGACAAGGACAAGUCCGGCGGCGGCUGCGGGGAUGUGUUUCAGGAGACGGAGAUCCGGGGUUGUUACGCAAGCCGGGAUGCUGCGCUCGCGGCGGCGAGGGGGGUGCUGUUGCCGGUGGGGGAGGGUGGUGGUGGUAUGAGUCGGAAUGAGUAUGCGCAGUAUGACGAGCGGGAGGGGGAUGAUGAUGUUGAAACGGGGGAUGGGGGUGGGUGGCCGUUUGGCGAGGACGUGUAUGUGCAUGCUGUCGCGCUGACCGGGGAGCAUUACACCGUGGAGGUGAAGACACCGGCUCAGGCGAGGAGGAAAUAUGGGAAAACGGAACGGGGGGAGGGGUUAGUGGACGAGGCGGAUGUUUUUACGCCCGAGUGGGGUUGAUUGUAGGUUUUAUUGGGUAGUACACGAUAUAGGGGGUAUAAUUAGGGGAAUGCAGCCAGACAGUUACCGCGCCUUGAGUAAUAGGCAGUUCUGCAAUGGGUAAUGAAUGAAUUUGCUUAC